UUUCAUUGCAUCAACAACUCUCUCUCUCUGUCAAUAAGUCUUGCCAAUAAUAAGUUCUAUAAUAAAGUUCCAAAUGGAUCGUUCCUCUCAUUCAGUCUCAGUUGCUUUCUUUCUUCUGCUGAUUCUUUUAACCACAGAGAUGGGGCCUAUGUCAGCGGAGGCUAAAACAUGCGAGACUAAAAGCGGUAAAUUCAAGGGGAUGUGCAUGAGUUCUACCAACUGUGCUAGUGUUUGCAAAUCAGAGCCUGGUUUUGAUGGUGGACAUUGCCGAGGUUUUCGUCGUCAGUGCGUUUGCACUAAGCCUUGUUAAACCACUAAGCUUUGUUAGAUCAGUAAUCUAUUAUAUUUCAUUGUCACGAAGAUUUCCCCUUUUUUUUUUUUUGCUUAUCAUGCAUUUUGUGCUUGAGAGUUGAGAGAAAUAACACAUCUCCAACAUAUAUUGUAUACCAGUAAUUUUGUUAUUAUAAUUAAAUAAAUCUUUUAUGA